CUUUUCGUACCAAUGAUGUAAAACACAUAGACUAUGAACAUCUGGUGGUACAUCUACAAUCUACAUACUUAGUUAUCUGACCAGUUAGUUAGAUGAUACACUGUAGACUACACAUUAGAUACAUUAAAUCAUAGACGUAGAUGCACCACACCGCGCUCUGCUUCCACGUCUGGCUUUUAAAAUAGAGAAUCGCACACCAUAAACGUCGCGAACACAGCGACACAAGGUCGUCGCAUCGUCGCCGCCGCCGUCGGCCGUAAAAUUCUUCUUUGACCGACAAGUUUUUCCACUUCUCCGUCCAUCGUUGGAAUUUUUUUUUUCGCAUUCGCGCGUUUUAAAGAGUUCGGACACAGAUUCGGCCGCGGUGGUUCGUGCUGAAAAAAUUCUCCAUUUUUUGUUGGUGUUCGCGCGAGUUAAAUUAAAAUGUUUGCUCGGUUGCAUUUAUUGAUCGUAUUGAUCAGUGUUGUCGUAGUAUGGCCGGUGAAAUGCGAUUUCGAGAUACUCGUGCUGCACACGAACGAUAUGCAUUCGCGAUUCGACGAAGUGAACGAAGAAGGGAAACCGUUAGAAAAGCCCGAUGAACCAGUUUUCGGAGGGUUUGCCCGGCUGAAGAAAGCUGUAGACGAUGCACGUGCUGAAGCCACGGCUCGAGGUAUCCCUUCUGUGUUCUUAAACGCCGGUGAUACUUUUCAAGGCACGUCGUUCUAUUCGAUGCUGAAAGACGAAGUCGUCUCCUCACUCAUACCAUUGGUUGGGAUCGAAGCAAUGUCUCUAGGAAAUCACGAAUUCGACGACGGAGUUGACACUCUGGCUAGAUAUCUCAAGAACAUUAGCAUACCAGUAGUCGCAUGUAAUUUGAACUUCAGCCUUGAACCAAGUCUGCAACUUCCUAUCCUGACACCGUCCUUCAUAAUAGAGAAAAACAAUCAGAAAAUUGGCGUCAUCGGUUAUCUCUUACCUGAAACAAAGAACUCGUCGAAUACGAGAAACGUGAUAUUUGACGACGAAAUCGCAAGUAUUUCGAGAGAGGCUCGACGUCUCAAACAGAACGGUGUAAAUAUCAUCGUCGCUUUAGGCCAUUCCGGCUUCGAAAUGGAUAAACAAAUCGCCAGAUCGGUACCGGAAGUUAGCUUAGUAAUCGGAGGCCAUACCAAUACGUUUUUAUACUCACCACCAGAUAAACCACCCAGCAUUGAAAAGCCAGAGGAACGAUAUCCUUUAAUUGUAAAGCAGUCAGACGGUAAUAAGGAGGUUCCGGUGGUUCAAGCUUUUGCUUUUACCAAGUAUUUGGGAAAAUUAUGGAUCACUUUUGAUGACAAUGGAAAUUACAAAUCCGUAAGACCAGAAAGUAACCCGAUGCUGUUGGACCACACUAAACCAGAAGAUGCAUCAGUGAAAGCAGAAGUUCUCAAAUGGAAGGCUCAAUUUCAGGAACUUGUACGCGUCAUAGUGGGUCGGACAAACGUCAAGCUCGGCAGCCGGAGCCCAAGUUGUAGGAUAUACGAAUGUAAUUUGGGCAAUUUGGUCACCGAUGCCUUCAUCGAUGCGGUAGCCGGGCAAUACAACGGAACUCAUGGUUGGACAGAUGCAGCGAUAGCACUCAUCCAAGCAGGAGCUAUAAGAUCACCGAUACACGAAAACAAAACAUUCGGUAACUUCACCUAUGAAGAAAUACUCACGGUACUGCCUUACAAAACGUCUAUGUACAAGGUUCGUGUACGAGGUUCCGAUUUGAGAGAAGCAUUGGAGCAAUCGGUUUCAAAACACCCAAACACUAACGGAUCAACCGGAGAAUUUCUUCACGUAUCCGGUAUCAGAGUAGUUUACGACUUCGCCAAGCCAGUAGGCCGUCGUAUAACAAAGCUAGACGUACGCUGCGCCAAUUGCUCAGUCCCCAUGUACUCUGCCAUGAAAGAUGAUACCACUUACACGAUAGUCAUGUCCCAAUACCUUCGAGAUGGAGGCGAUGGAUACUCGAUGUUCAACAAAGGCUACAGCGAGCCGCUUAUGGACGACCUGGGUGUCUUCUCUCUUUCGGAUACCGACGCCGUGGCCAACUAUUUCAAUAAAUCCCAAGUAAAUUAUCCGGGAAUCGAUGGAAGGAUUAUCUUUGUAAAUGAUGAAUUACCCGUGUCACCGUCCAAAUCCUCUAGUCCGAUUAAUUCUUCAAUAAUAACGCUAUUCGUAUCGAUAUCAUUCGUUACCUGGUUUUAUAAUAUGUUUACGGUCGCCACCACCGUUCAUCAUUCGUGAUACUGCCAUAGUACGAGUACGAGUAUACGCGAGUUCGAGUAGCUGAUACACAAACACAAGAGUAUACGAUACCAACGCACUCGUACACUCCGCGACCGCUCUCCUUCCACAACUAUGUUACGCCACAUCGUAAAUCAUCCAACAUUUUAAUGCGAUAUCUACUUCUACACUUAAAGACAAUUCCCUCGCUCGACGCGAAAAAAAAAUGAAAAAAUACGAAAAAUAGCUCGAGCUGAUGCCACAACGUAUAUAAUCCGGCUGUAAAAACCUACCGUACCGCAUUCCUUCGAAUAAUUUUUCACCGUCGGUGGCGUCGCUCACUCGCUCGCCUCUUUGAAGUUGUAUGGGUCUCGCUUAUAUUUAGAUAUAAACGUCUUUUUCUCGAUUCUUUAUUCUUUCAUAUUUCUAGUAGCUUUUUGUCACGAAUUUUCUUCUCAAAUUUCACAACUUUAGACAAUCUCUUUCUUUAAUGAGUCGAAAUUUUCAGCAACUUGAGGCCGCAACAAAUCGCAUUCAAUUUUGACGAAUCCACUUCGCCUUAACUAAGUUCUCAGAUUGAAACAAAUAGAUUGAAAGAACCCCCCCCCCCCCAAAAAAAAAUCCAGGU